AUGCGAGUGAAGACCACCUGGAUGCAUUCUCGGUCGCGUCAGUGGCACCUGCUGGACUAUGUCCUCGUCCGGAGGCGAGACCAGCGGGACGUGCUGGUGACAAAAGCGCUUCCUGAUGCCGACGGCUGGACCGACCAUCGUCUCGUCAUCUCCAAUAUACGGAUUCGCCGACAGCCUUGCAAGGGACCUGAAGGUAAACUACCCCUAUUGUCUGUGCUUCCUCACCAUGCCCAUUUCAUCAACGAGCUAGAUCAACGGCUAGACAACCUUCCAUUCGCUGCCGCAGCCGCCGCCGCCGCUGACGAGAACGCAGUCGUUGAGAACCGACGGUGUCACCUGCGGGGCACAGUCCGGCUGACGACCAUGGCUGUCCUCGGUCGCUCACGUCGCAAACACCAGGACUGGUUUGACGACAACGAGGCUUCCAUCAGCAACCUGCUUGCAGAGAAGAACCGCCUGCACGAAGCCUGCGUCAACCGCCCCACCGACGACAACAAAGCAGCUUUCUACCAUAGUCGUCGCCUUGUGCAACAGCGGCUGCGAGGGGUGCAGGACGCUUGA